AUGAGAGGUUCCAUAUCGUCUUGCGCCGAAGAGGUACCACAAACAAACGAUACGUAUACAGGACUGGCUGGUGUGGUUGUAGCCAGCGAGAUACAGGACCAACAAGAGGAAUGUAGAAGAUUGUCGUACGGAUCAACGAGCUCGACGUCAAAGAUAGGCAAUGUUGGCGUCCAUGCCAGAGAAUUUGAAAGCGAAACAGAUGGAUUGAUCACUGGAGACCAGCAAAAACCCGAAUUCUGCGCUGCGAAAAUCCAAAUUAUCAUGACUUCGAUGUAUCUGGGCAUUUUCCUCGCGGCUCUCGAUGGCACCAUCGUUUCUACGCUUAUGACUCACAUAGCAUCUGAAUUUCAGGCGCUACCUAACAUCUCGUGGAUUGCUACAGGGUAUCUGCUGUCCACCUCGUGUUUCCAGCCGUUGUACGGGAAAAUAUCGGAUGUGUUGGGUCGCAAACCUAUGCUUGUGUUCAGUAACGUUCUUUUUGGCCUGGGGUGUUUGAUCUGUGGAUGCAGCAACAAUUUGUGGUUUCUGGUCACUGGCCGUUUUGUCACCGGUAUUGGAGGAGGCGGUUUGACCUCUUUGGCCAGCAUAACUACCAGUGACAUUGUGCCGCUACGUGACCGUGCCCUUUACCAGGGAAUGUGCAACUUGUUUUUUGCGAUAGGUACUAGUUGUGGUGGUUUGGUUGGUGGGUUUUUCGGCGAACACGGUGGUGGUUGGCGUGUAGCAUUUUGGAUCCAGAUCCCGGUCUGCAUCGUUAGUUGCAUCCUGAUCAUCGCAUAUUUGGAUUUACCACCUCGUCAUCCAAAUGGAGGCGAACUGCAAACCUCGUACAAGCAAAGAUUGCAAAAACUCGACUGGCAAGGUGCCAUUUCGCUUGUGACAGCGCUGUUUUUGUUCAUGCUUACUUCUUCGCUUGGUGGAAAAGAGAUUCCUUACAACUCUAAACUUUUCCUAUUGUUGUGCAUCCUAACGGUGAUUGCCGGCGCGGUAUUUGUGGGUAUCGAAACGUAUCUCACGUCAGACCCAAUUUUGCCCGUAUCCUUUCUGAAGGACAGAUCGGUAUGCGCCGGUAGCUUAGCAAACUUCUUUUGCGUUAUGGGGAUGAUCACGGUAAACUUCUACUUACCAAUUUACUAUGCAAGUGUUAUGAAUAUGGGCCCAACCGAUGUGGGGAAAAGAUCUGUACCCAGUUUCAUCAGCAUUGCCCUUGGAUCCUUGGGGGCCGGUUACUACAUGAAAAGAACUGGCAAAUACUAUUGGUUUACACUACUAGGAUGUUUGAUAGUGAUCCUAGGUCUCCUACAGGUUAAUUUCAUCAGUGCUACUACGCCUGUAUGGCAACAGUAUUUGUUGCAAGUGACCCCUGGGCUGGGUGUAUCUAUCUUGAUUACCGUGACAUUACUUGCGAUGAUCGCAGCGGUACCACAUGAGCAUCAAGCGGCUACCACGUCUAUCUCAUACGCGUUUAGAUCGACAGGUUGUACUCUGGGUGUUUCUCUUGGUGCUGCUAUAUUCGGUAAUCGUCUCAACAACCAGCUUGAUGUCAAAGUAUUGAGUUUGGUGUCUGAAGAGCAUUCUGAGGCUGAGCUACGAAUGAUAAUUUCUAAAGCUGCUCAUUCAGCAGAAUGGAUACAUCGAGAGGCUCCGCACUUUGUGCAGGCGACGCUAAUCGAAUGCUACCAUUAUGCUUGCAAAGCGACUUUCAAGUUCUGCCUUGUUGUUGCGAUAUUAGCUUCGAUCAGUUGCAUUUUCAUUAAAGAACACAGACUGCAUACGUCGAUCAGUCGGGACAAGUAG